AUGUGUCGACUGUGCCGCCAGGCUAAGGAGAUCCGAGCCCUCUUUGAGUGGGUGGAUCCUGCACAGGGUGAGACACGAGCCCUUCUGCGUGAGAAGCACGGAGAGGGCCAGGAGGACGAGCUUGCCGCCGCAGCAGCCGAGGAUGGCUCCCACACUUGGCUGCAGACGCCUGCCCUCGACCUUAGUGAUUUCGCCUGCUUGUACGGAUCGGCCCAAGAGGAGGAAGUGCGAGAUGAGGGCUUUUCAGCCCAGGUUGCAGAAGCCAAACAGAAGCUAGAAGCUGCUGAUGAAAAGCUUAGUGAGAAGAAGCGACUCCGACAAGAGGCCGAGGCGGAAGUUGCACGGCUUGCUGCAGAGCUCGACGAGGUUUCUGCUGGGAUGGACGAUGCGAAGGAAAAGCGGGUGCGAGCCGAAGAAGCAUGGAAGGACAAACGGUCUGAGCUAGUCCAGGCACGCAAGGGAGAGACAACUGCCCAACAGCGGUUGGAGAAGGCUGGAUGCAGCUUGAUCACGGUCCAGGACCGGCUCCUGAACCACCAGAACGCGCUGACCAGUGCCACCGAGGAGGUUGAAGCAGCUGCUCUCAAGGCCGCCGAGGCAGCUGAAACAUCCAAGGAGAAUCAUGAGACUUUCGCGAAGGCCUUGUUUGAUGCUGAGAGCCAACUGGGCCUUGUCGACCAGCGUGGCGCUGCCACAGGUGACUGCGCUGCAGACGCCGCGCCAGACAAGUUAAAGAAGGCUCAGAAGGCACUGGACAAGUUGAAGACUUCGAUGGAGAAUAACUUGUUCCGUCAGGUGGAGUACGAGACUGUGGAGGAGGAUGUUCUCAAAGUCGAACCAGGCCGCGAACGGGAGCGGCACCGCCUGGAGCAAUUGGUCGCGAAGGCCAUCCAGCGUGCCGAAAAUUCGCGCGAAGCGGUGCUGAAGGAAGUGCAAAAUUUCGUGGAGGCUGGCAUGUGGUUUGCAGAGUCUCUGCAAAAAACGCAGAAGCGGCCAGUAAGGAUGGACCAGGUCAAGGCGGUCCAAUCCACCGUGAAGGCUGCAUUCCGGCAGCUGCCAAAAGCUUGGCAGGCUGUGCGCAGCGCCAGAGAGGCGCAGGCGAAAGUUGGUGCCCAGCGACGCAAGGUGGCGCUGCGCCGAGCCACCGCUGUACAGACAAAAACGGAGGCUGAGGCAACUGUCCAAAGCGCAUCGAGUGAGCAGAAGGAGGCGGAGGCAGAAGAAGCCCAGCUGCGCAGCGAGCGCAGCGCAAGGGAGUCCGACCUGGCAGCCGCAGAGGCUGCCCGUCAAACCGCACACCAGCGGGAGGUCGACAUGAAACGGCGUCGUGAUGAGCUGAAGGCCCAGCAACCAGCCGCAAGGGAUGCGGUGAAGGCAGCCCGUGCCGCAGAGCGCGAGGCGGAUGCUGAGCGCAAGGCCCUACAUGCGAGAGCCGAGAAGCGCGAGAAGGAGCAAGAGUUGCUGGAAGAGGCAAAGAGCACUGCCGUCAGACAGCUCAAGAACGAGGCAUACGACGCCAACCAGGUGGAGCUUGCCUACGAGGAACGGAGAGGAAGCAAGAAGGCUCAGGAAUGA